AUGCCGCCGCCACUACCAGUUGCUUUGCAGCGUCCAUUGUCAUUCAAAUCCGACGGCGAUUCAAUUGAUGACCACAUAUCAACUUGCAGCACGGAAGAAACGCGUGUCCGGCCAUUAGAAACGUCCAUAAAGUCCAGAAGAGACGGUAGCGUGCGUGUUGCAGUGCGCAUUCGCCCUCAAUUGCCUCGAGAGCUUGUACGGAAUGCUGUGACAUGUGUCGAAAAGUCAAGAGAUGUGGAUAAUGCUAUUAAAGUGACGAUAGGAGCGAACACCGAAAGGAAAUUCACGUUUGACCAUGUGUUUGCACAGUCAACAAAGCAGACGGAGCUGUACGAUGAGGUACUGCAUCCUUGGAUGACCUCUUUCCUGCAAGGAUUUAAUGUGACGGUGAUCGCAUACGGACAGACAGGAGCUGGCAAGACGUACACUAUGGGAAAUAGUAUGCCGUCCACGUCUAUGAUGGCCAACAGUUUAUUUGUAAGAUCUUCUUCAAGUGAUGACAAUGAAGAAGAAGCUGCAGAUACAUUGGACAGUGACGAAGGACUGAUCCCGAGGUUUUUACACCAUUUGUUUACCAAAUUGAACGAGACAGAAAACAGUUUUCAAUUGUCCGUGUCAUUUUUAGAAAUCUACGGAGAGGAGAUUCACGAUUUAUUGGAAAAUCCAGAGACAGAGAGAAACUCAAAACAACGGCCAGAACCUUUGCAAUUGAGAGAAAAUAAGAAGAAUGGUGUGUGGGUGCAAGGAUUGACAGAGAUGCAAGUGUCGAAUCGACAAGAAGCUAUUGAGAUGAUGCAAAGAGGAUCACUGCAACGAAUCACAGCUAGCACACAGAUGAAUGAACGUUCUAGUCGGUCACACGCCGUGUAUACGGUCAAGAUAGUUCAGCAAAUGUCGAAACGGGAUUCGGCCUCAAAGGUCUCACUUGUGGCUAAUGAUCAAGAAAUGUCCAAUAUGAAGAGGCCCACAAUGCAUGCAUUUGGAUCGCGUUGCGUCGGAGGUGUGGGAACUGACGUGUCCGAAUCCGACGCGGUGAUCGUGUCCAAGCUCACAUUUGUAGACUUGGCGGGAAGUGAGCGAUUGAAAAGCACUCUUGCAGAGGGCGAACGCAUGAAGGAAGGUAUCCAAAUCAACGUUGGGUUGUUUGCUCUCGGUAACGUCAUUAAUGCGCUCGGUGAUGAUAAGCGUCGGAUAGCAUCAAGCGUCCACGUUCCUUACCGAUCGUCGAAGCUCACGCGGCUGCUACAAGACGCGCUCGGUGGGAACAGUAGGACUCUGUUCAUUGCAUGCGUGUCGCCUGCAGACUUGAACGCAGCUGAGACCUUAAACACGCUUCAGUACGCAAACCGCGCCAAGAAUAUUCAAAAUAAAGCGGUGAAGAAUAUUGAUAGCCGCUCCGCAGAGUUGGCAAAUUUGAAGGCCUUCAACCAUCUCUUGUGUCGUGAGCUUGUUAAGGCAAUCGUUGCAGGCUUGGAAGAUGGAUGCCCUGGUGAUAUUGACAAUUUUACGGAUACUUGCAUGACAACCCCGAGCGUUUUAGCGUACUUGACAAGAAUUGAACACCUAGCAGCAUCGACAGGACUGGAGGCGUCUGGUGAUGAGCGUUUAAGCGAAACUCGGCGCCUGCUGAAUGGCCUCACGACCCAUUUGUGCGAGUUAGUGCCGAAUAGCAGAUACCGGCGGGCUGCUUCUUUGACGAGUUUGAAUGAAAUCAAAGCCGACCAAGUAUUGCCUCCCGAUGAACUUCUGGACUUCGUUAGCGACAGUGGCUCGUCCGUGACAAUUAUGGAAGAACGAAAGGCCAAUUCAGACGACGCUUAUGUGAAUCCUUAUCCGCUGGAAAAAUUAUGCCGCACAUUGGAAGUUAUGAACUUUGCGUUUGAAAUGCAUGAACUUCAAGAAGAAGUAAAACGCAAGCGGGAGUUGUCGAAAGCUAAAUUUAUAAACCUGGAGACCCGGUAUCACCGCCAGGAGUUAUUACGAAAUGGAUUAUUGGGUAUGAUAGACAAGAUGAAAACGUGGCUGUCGUCAUCUACAUUGGACAAAGUAUCACAAGAUACAAGACGGACAAUCGAUUGCAGCGUGGAAGCUGCAAAGGAGAAGAUGGAGUUAAUGAAAUUAGAAAUGGAAGAAAUUCAGAGCCAGAAAGCGACGCUGAGUAGCGAAUUGGAGAUGGAAAUGGAACGUUACCAAAAGGAAUGGAAUGUGAAGCAACAACAAAUUGACGAGAUGAGAGAAGCCCCAUGGGAAGCAACGACCAAUGCGCUUAACGUUUUGAUGCGGAAUGUCGAAAUGAAGGUUCGCUUUGACGGCUACGAUCUUGACAGCAUUUCUGAAUACCUGAAGGACGAAGAAAAGGAAAUGGCGGCCUUCAUCAAUGAAGGUGGCGACGCAAUCUUGUGUAUGUCACCUCUGUUCAUGAAGGGAGAGUUAUCUUCAUCUCAAGCCCACAACAUGUUAUCGAUGAUUCAGGAACAGCUUCGGAUCGCGUUUGACAACGAAGUUCUUGAGGCUUCCAUGAACAAAGAUUUACGAAAGCGAGCGCAGCUGCUUAAGAAUAUUACGACCGGGCUGGGGUCUUGUCAUCGUGGGGAGAUGACCGAACAAGAGUUUAUGGAAAAGAAUGAGCAAAAUCUGAAAGGCUGCGAGGAUAGCAUAUCCCAGAUUCGCGAUGCUAUGUACGCUAGGCGGGGUCAGCGAGCGUCAAUGGCUGAAAUGCUCGAUUCGAUUAAGUCCUUAGACGCAGCGAAAGACCUGAUUCGAAUACUUAUUGUCGAGAUGUAUUCUCGCUGGCGAAUUUACAUGUUGGCCGACGAAGAGGAGAAAUUAAGGCAGCAAGGAGAGGUAGAGGACGCCAUAAACCAAAAUCGAGCUGCGAUGAAGAUCGACAUGGAUGCAAAGGUGGAAAAUCUGGAAGCAAAAUAUGAAAAGGACCUCCACUGCGCUUUUCAAAUGGUGACAAGUUUUAACGAUGCAGUCAGAGUGGGUGAGCAUUUACAAGUGCACGAAUCGUCAGGACAAUCAGGCGAAAUGAGCAAAAUCGCUCUGUUAGAAGAGCGUGAAAAGAUGCUCGUCGCUCAAUUGACGGAAAGGGAGAACGAAAUGAUGAUUAUGCGUCUGGAAUUGGACCAUUUUCAAGCCUCAGCGAAGAGCAUGGAGCGUAAGGAGGAAUCUUUGUGUUUGAUGAGUAAAUGCCAGAAGAUUCGGCAAGAACUGGGCUUGAAUGAAGAAGAUCAGAUCAGCAAGUUCCAAGACAUUAACGAAUUCUUGAUGAAAAAGUGCUCUGAAGAGUUGGAAGGCCUUGAAGCUGCCAGAGAAAAGAUUCAAACUCGGAUUAGCGACGCCUACCGUGUCGUUGGUCGGAUGGAAGCGGUCUUGCACGUGGUCAAUCCAGUGGAUAUCCAACUCUUUCCUUCAGAUGCUGGAGGGACACUUCUUGAACAGGAGAAAUAUAUACUCUCGCUACAAAAGCGUCUGUCACGUGAGUUGUGGGGCCACGUAAGUGCUCGUAUUCGAUUUUCUGAGGGCAUUCGGGAGCUAGCGUCGAAUCUUCAAAUCAAAGUGGCAGACGAUUUUCGUCAUGUCUCUCAAGAUGACCUUGAUGCUAUUAGCGCGAAUUUUGCUACGUCAAAAAAUGUGGAAUUGGACGUUUGGAAGAGGUUUUAUAAAAGAAAGGAGUCUGCGGAUGCACUUGAUCAAAUUUUGGAUUACCUAGGUGAGGAGGGCGAUAUGUCCCGUUCAUGUGUACAGCGAGACGAGCAUCUUUAUAAAAUUUUACUGAAAGAAAAGGCAAAGCGGAUUGCAGAGGUGGAGGAAUAUCUAAAGACUAUAAGGACGGUGGCACGUAAAUCUCAAUUAUCUCAAGAUGACAUAAUGUCGGUGGUUCACGCCUUACGCAAUAAAGAGGGCUUUUCGGAGGGGGAGAUAGAUGCUAACAGAAUGGUGUAUGAGGAUCUUUGUGCUCGAAUUUUGGAGACGGGUGGACAACUUGAUGUCAGCAAGCGAGGGCUGGAAGUCUUUGCUAAGGUGCUUAGAGGUUUUGAGGAGGUACAAGCAGGGCGGUUGAACGCGCUGGAUUACCUCUGUAGAACUGUAGAAGAAGCUGCAAUGCUGACCCAGGACUCAACUGCCAGUGGCGAAGAAGGUUCAACACGCUAUCACCACCUAACUUUUCCGCGAGACAAUGAGUGCUUAGUGGACGCUCUUGUUGCUGGUAAGGGCAUAAUUGAUACUCUAAGCGAGCCUGUAGAGAGGCCAUUACGCAGUCUUUUUUACUCGAUGAACGAUGACUUUGCAUCCUUUGGCAUCGACACAGAGGAGCAGCGCGUUAGCUUCUACUUGGGCUGCAAGGACGGAGAACAGACGGCCCGGCGCGCCAUUCUAGACAAGUACGCAAUGUCAUUAUCCAAUGCAUUAAGCGUGUCAUGUGAGAAGAACAAUUUGGAUCCAGCAGCCGAGGAAAGACCGCUAAACUGCAGCGAUUCAUUCCUGUCCAGACUUGAUCCCAUAUAUGAGAAAUUGCACGACACGUACUCAGUUUCCUUCGGAGACCUGCAGUUGCAGAGACUUCGCACUUCAGUUGCAGACAAGCAAGAAGUGGAAAUUACGGUAAAUAGUGCGCAAAAUCGGCUACAAUCGUUGCAGAAAAUCAUGAAGAUAUUUAACAGAAUUAACGAGUUCAAGGCAAAGCUCGCUGAAUUUGAAGCACAUGCGAGUCAGAAGGAUCGCUUGUUUGGCAAUUCACACAGGCUACUAGACGAGGAGCGCUUUCGCAAGAUGGCAGCCAAGCACUACCCUAAUUUGCUAGCGGUGCUUCGAAAAGAAGUAUCGCGCUGGCUGGAAAAUGAAGAUGGUGAGUAUGACCUCAGCAUACUUGGCGAAGACCUCAAGAAUCUCUUGCUAGAUAUGAUGAACACAGACACUGGCCUCAUGCACCUAGACUUGGUACGAAGCCUCAAGUUCGACCAAGAGUAA